AUGCUCGUGAGAGUCCACGUCGUCGAGGCCAAGGACCUCGAGAGCAACAAGAUGUUCCGCAGCGUCAACCAUGCCUACGCCUACCUCUACUACGCGGGCAAAAAGGUCACGUCCGACGUCGCCCACAAGCAGAAGAACGCGCCACGCUGGGGCCUCAAGAAGCGCUUCACCAAAAUCGACCCGGCGACCGACAGCAAGGUUCGCAUCGACGUCUUCGACCAAGGCCAGUGGGGCCGCAGCGAGAUGUUCAUCGGCUUUUGCGAGGUCGCGGUGCCCGCGCGGCCCAAGCGCGUCGAAUCGUGGGUGCCGAUCACACUCGAGAACGCCACAACGGGCAGCGUUCUCGUGCACAUCGACUGCGUUGCCGAGCAGAGCGAGGUCGCGCCACCGCGAGUGGCCCCGUACUUGCUCCCGAUGCGCCGCACGAGCUCUCUCAGCGACACGUUUCUGCAGCUCGCAGCAGACCUCCCCGAGACGGUGCCGCGCAUUGAGCCGACCGAGCUACGCAGGUGCCUCAACCUCGGCAGCGGCGCCUUUGGCAGCGUGCACAGCGGCAGCUACAAGGACUUGACGGUGGCUGUCAAGACGUUUCACACCAAGAGCGGCAACGAGAUCGAGACGUUCAAGAAGGAAGUCAACGUCAUGGCCAGUCUCGACUCGACGCAUACGGUGCAGCUCCUCGGUAUCUCGCACGCCGAGUACGACCAGCCGCAGAUCGUGAUGGAGUACAUGGACGGCGGCAACCUCGAUGCGCACAUCCAGUCGCUCGCCACGGCGCCAGAACACGACGUGGGCAACGUGCUGCCUCUCGCCUGCGACAUCGCCAAAGGCCUCGCGUACCUGCACGCCAACAAGAUCAUCCACCGCGAUCUCAAACCGGCCAACGUGCUACUCAGCGCCGACAAGAGAGUGGUCAAGCUCGGCGACUUUGGCAUCUCGCGCGAAGAAGACGUCGAAGAGUCGAUGACCAACGGCGUCGGCACGACGCUAUGGAUGGCGCCCGAGGUCAUGCAAGGCGGCCGGUACUCGGUCGCGGCCGACAUGUACGCAUUUGGCGUCAUUCUCACCGAGCUCGAGACGCUGCAAAGACCGUAUGCGGGCCAAAGGUGCAACCAGUACUUGCUGCAAAGCCAGAUCAUCCAAGGGCUUCGGCCAACGACGAGCGCUCACUGCCCGUCAUGGUACGCGCGGCUGGCGCAGGCUUGCAUGCAAGCUGAUACGACCAAGCGGCCAUCGGCCAACGCUGCCGUCAGCAUCCUCGAGGCCCACAUGUCGCCGCCCUGCUUUCAACCGAUUCCCGAGGAGCUGCUACGUGACAUUGUCCCGUUCACGUCCAGCAAGAGCGGCGUGCUUGGUCGUGCGACGCUCGCGCUCCGCCCCGUUGUCCUCAAGUCGUUUCCAUAUAUGAAUCCGGAUGUCUUUGAGGCGACCGUGGACGUCAUGACGGCAGUCGCGUCACCUCACACUGUGCCUCUUCUCGGCACGACGUCUCUCUCCAACACGACCAUCUUUGGUCUUGCGUCGCCUUGCGUGCUCGUCAUGGGUCACAUGGGUGGCGGCAACCUCCACACGUGGCUCAAGCAGCGCGCCAACGCCGACUUCCUUGAUACGGCGCUGGCACUCGCCGAGGCUCUGGCGUUCUUGCAUGAGAAGAAGGUGGUGCACGGCAACCUCACGCCGUCGAAUGUCCUCUUUGAUGCUACCGGCAUCCCCAAGCUUGCCGACUUUGGCUACGUGCGCGACGAAGACAUGAUGACGACCAAUGGCGGCAGUGCCACGCAUUGGAUGGCGCCUGAGAUCUUCCACGGCAGUUUGCCGUCGACCGCGUCAGACGUCUACUCGCUCGGUGUGCUCUUGACGCAGCUCGAGACGGGCCACGAGCCGUACUGGGACUUCCGAGGAAAUCUCCAGCGCCGCGUCGCACAGAUCGUGACAGGCGCGCUGCGGCCGUCGCUGAGUGCGUCGUGCCCGCACUGGUAUCGUGAGCUGGCGCUAAAGUGCAUGGCCGGAGAAGCGAUGCGUCGCCCGUCCGCAGCCGAAGUUGUGGACGAGCUCGUCAAAUAUAUGGCGACGCCCUAGUUGUUGUACGUAUUAAUAUGUGA